AUGCAGGCUCUCAAUUGCUGCGGUGACCAAGAGGCUCACCAUAAUCGCAAUUCAUCAACGGCAGCAACACAGCUGCCCGCUCGGCCAGCUCGAGCCAAGUUGCCCAAGCCUCGCCUUCUGAGUCAACACCAGAGUACUUCCGUUGUCCCAUUCGAUGGCACCCAGGCACCCUCACUUAUGACGACACCCAGAAAUCAAGCUGCACUGGAUCCAACGGUGAUCGAGGUCGAAGAUUCUGACAGUGACGAUGGAAACACCAACCCUAGAAGCUCCCCUACGAGCACUCUGGGAGCCCUCAAGACGAAGCUUAUUCGUCGCCUAUCUCAAAAGUCACAAUCUAAAUGGCGAUCACAGCAGAGUAUUGGGAGCAGCGAAGAGGAACUUGCACGGCGUGCCGAGCUGAGACGUCUCAGACAGAAAAGAAUUCAAGAGGAGCUCGAGACCGAAGAGGAAGAGGAAACAAAGGGGCCCCCGCCAAUUGCUACCCAGUGUAGGUCUCCAUCGCCAGUGCUGCCGGAACUUCCUGGAGGCGGUCCAAGAGAGAACGUUGAAUUCUCGGUUUGCGAAGCUGACGACGCAAAUUCUGAUCAUUCAUCUACCCCUGCGCAAGAAAUGGUCGCACUUGCUCUGCCCAUCAUAACUAAUACCGCCACUUCACUUCGACAUCGCAGUAGCUGUCCGACCGGUGCUAUCCAUUCCCAAGACAAUUCAGCUCCCCAGGUAGAAAAUAUUCUUCGCGACUGUGGAUCACUGCCAGAGAUGCCCGUAUCGCCUCAGCUGGAGCCUGUACGGUCAUCAAAUGUCCGCCGGUCAAGCUCCAUAGAUUCCUGGCGACUUUCGUACAGUGCCGGACAACUUGCGGAAUAUAUUCGGGAGGGGGAGUUGGAAGCCCAUAGCAACGGAGACGUUGUCCAAGCCACACUUGAGCAAGACUCACUGGAGAAGGCUUACUCUCCCCUCCGUGGAUCAACUACAUCAAUAAACAACAAGCAGCUUAGUCUGAGCUUGAGAAAUUACCCACGCGAGGACGAGCUUGUUCAAUCUAGAUCUUCAUUGGCAAACGAUGCUCACGAUGGCAAACUUUUGACACCAGAACUAGACGAAGACGAGAGCCAAUUCGAGCAAUCUACCGGUAUCUUCCACAACACCACCCACAUUGAUCAAAUAUCCCCUCUUGACCUCUGGCUUCGCGUGUCGAAUACCCUACAGUCUAUAUCGCACUCCUCGACGCGCCGCAACAGCGACAGUGUCAUUGAAGAUCGUCCAGAUGCUUCUGCACUAGGUGAGCUGGGUUCAAAUGGUAGAUUCAAGAUUGGGCCGUGCUCGUCCUCCUCCCACCGGGGAUACGAAUCAGCAUUGCUCAGAGUUCCAGGUUCUUUUGCCACAACCGGCCGAUCUAGUGGAAUGCCAUCUCCAGCAUUUUCAAUCCCGAAGGAGACAGAACAGCGUGGCGCCGUCUCACUAGAUGUCAAUCGCGGUCAAAUGGUGCAGGAAUCCUUGUCCUCACGCUACACAACUCGACCGAGUAGUGCUGAUCUAACGCGACCGGUCUCUAGUCUUGGGUUUGUCGGUCCACCGAGAAUAUUACAACUGAGCCAGACAACCGCAGUCAACAAUCUUGAACCGAGAGGUAUGGUUGCCGCAGACAAAUCAGAGACAAGCUCCUAUAGAACCGCACCAAUUCAGACUCUGGUGCCUACUACGGUCAUUUCAGGCAAGGAAAAUGCUCGUUCAAGUUCGAGUUUAGAAACUGCGUCUGAGACCGCGAGCUUCAAGCAUAGGGAAGCAGAAUUGAAAUCAGUUGCUAAGAGGUUUGCAGAGCCACGUGGCCGGCGCCAUGCCAGCAGCUCAGUAGCCAGCAGAUUCCGAGAAGAGUUUGACGACCCUCUGGUACGACAUUCUAGGAAGCCUUCACUACUGAAAUGGCUCCUGCCGAAAAGAGGGUAUCACAGAAAUACAUUACACAAGCUUGGUCCAUUCCCACAUGGCCAUCGAAAUUGCGUAGGAGCUGCUGUUAUGUCACGUCGUGCUGUUGCUCCAGGUCCGAACCAGUCGACAUCUUUGCGAAAAGGACAGCAUUUCCCCACCGGCGACAAGGAUUUAAAGCUAGAAGAGACUGCCACGGAUCUCUGGCAGCGAGCUAUUCGACUUGAGGCGGAUCGACGUGAUGCGCAACAACGAUACCAAGCCAGCCCUCGUCAUGACCAUCAACACUUUACACUGGAGGUUCCUCAAUCCCGUGAUGCUUCGAGCAGGCUUACUACAGCUAUACCCGCUCAUGCUCGUGAUACCAGCUCCGUCUACAGUCGCAGUAAUUAUGAUACCCAGUCAGGUAUACAGUCACCAAAAUCUCGCUCUGUCGUAGGCCAGGAAGAUAUACAACUUAUGAGCACUUCGCAAGAGACUUCAAACCGUAUUCUCAAGGAAUGGCAACAUCAGAUCCAAUCCGAGGUGUCUAGUGCUCAUCGGGCGCCAAGUUUUACGACACAUAUCCAUGCCUCAGGAAAGUCCAAGGUCAUGCCAGAAUCAUGGGCGAAGUGGCCAUCACAUGAUCGGACAAAACGUAACGGUGCUACAGGCGCUAACGAUUGUGUGACACCAAAGGAUUACGCUGUGUCUAGAGACACUUUCGAGGCCGGUACCAAUCGGACCACAACUGAAAAAGGACAUAGUCCAGCAGGGGACGACGAACAUGCACCGCUGGAACGACAGUCUUUGACAGCCAAAUUGGGCCGGUCUCUGAGAGACGGACUUGCAAAGCUCCUUCCAACUCGAGAUGGAUUGCUUGAUGAAGCUGUUAUUUCGAGGAGAGAAGGUCAAAGGAUACGUCCUGGUUCUACUGGAUAUCUAGAGUAUCCCGAACUUGAACUUUUGCCACAUCAUGGCGGAUACCAGGAGUUAGAAGCGCUCGAGCAAACGAUUGACUACAUAAAGCGCCCAUCCGUAUCUAACGAGACCAGGCCACGAGGUGUCAGUGGGGCGUCAUCGAGGGUGCCUCUAAGCUCGAGGAUCGCACAUGAAAUCCAGGACCUUCACUGUGGCGAUAGGCCCGGUUCGCCAGAUACCGGCGAUUUCAUAAAAGCGACUACCCAACCUCCAAACACACCUGUCAGUAAAAGGAACGCUUCUGAAGCCAUAUCAGCCACAUCACAACAAUUUGGCACGCCGAUGACGCAUGUUUCAUACGAAGAUUGUGUGCCUAAACACAUGUUGGAAGAGAAUGAUUCAGCCAAAAGUGACACUAAGGUCAUGGUUCAACGAUCCAGAUCCGCUGCGGAGCACAAUGUUGCAGGUAUUCCAUACAAAUACAGCACUUGGAAUGGCAGAGCCAAAUCCAUGUCCAUAAAGCGUAUGAGGGCUUGUGGCUCAGAAUUGGAAAGAAUGAUAGCUUCAGAGAAGGGAAAUCUCGGUCAGAGCAGCGAAGAGCGAACUGCAGAAAUUCCUGAGAUCAAACCCUGA